CGGAUGACCAUCCUUGAUGCAAUUUCUCUUCUUGCCCCUGUAAUGGGCUCAGAAAUUACUUGUUCCAAACUUCUGCCAGUUAUAAUUACUGCUUCAAAAGACAGGGUACGGAAUAUCAAGUUCAAUGUAGCUAAGGUGUUGCAAUCUCUUAUUCCAAUAGUUGAACAAUCUGUUGUGGAGACAACAAUUCGACCAUGUUUGGUUGAACUCAGUGAGGAUCCAGAUGUUGAUGUUAGGUUUUUCGCCAACCAAGCCCUACAAGCAACCAAGUGAUGAUAUCUAGUUAAAGGCAAUUGAAUA